ACUACGUGUAAGGUUGAGAUUAGAACAGUGCAGUUGAUCGAAUUGGAUGAAAUCAUCCUAGGUGCCUUGAAUGAAACAUCAUAUACACAGGCACAGAAAGAUUACAAUGCUAUAUCAACUCUACUUUCGGAUAAGAUCAUCAGGAGCUCUGAGAUAUAUCAAUUCGACAAUGAGCUCGCUUAUAAAGUAUUGAUGACGAAUCCAGUUAGACAAGGAUAUAUUCAUUCAUCAGAGCGAACCAGACUCUUUGUGGUCAAUAUAUCAGACAUGGAUGACGACGAAGCACUAGGCAAUUCUGUAUCUCUAUCAUCCAUAUCGUUCAACACACUCAAUGCACAGCCAGAUCCAGUUGUGAUCGAACCGCGAGAGUACGAUGUGAAAAUAUUAGAGAGAAAGUGGCCAGAGGCUAGGCUUUACCCUCCACCAAUUGCUAAUGAAGAUGAUGAAAAUCGCGUCUUUAUGAAACUAAAGGAUUUGGCAAGCUGUGGUAUUUUUAGUGGAGAUUGGGCUCUUGUCAGCGCAAACGAUCCAAAAAAGUCCAGAUUGUGCAAAAUAUAUGGAGCGGAUGAUAUUCUAGAGGAAGGAGACGUUGUUUAUCUUCCUCCCACACUUUAUUUUAAUCUCAAUCUUCCCCUUCCACCUGAAUCAACCUCAGCUGCAAAGAUCACAGUAACUAGAGUUCAAGAUACUCCAGAACGUGGCCCGCCUGUUUCAUCUGCUGUAACCAUUGCUCGUGUUGCAUCUCCUACAUCCAUGGAUAAAGCACUCCAGUCGAUAUGUUUAGAUUCAUUAAAACAAUGGUUUGAGCAAAAGGAACGUAUUGUAUGUAAGGGCGAUAUCAUUGCUAUACCAAUUAACGAAGACAUGGCUCGCUUAAGGCCAUCUGAAGACGAGUCUAGUAUCAAGCCAUCCACCCAUCCACCCACGACCUUGGUCUAUUUCAAAGUUAUCCGUCUGGACACGAGCGACGACACCAGUAACAACACGCAUCCUUCCUAUUACGGUUCUGGACGCCGAGUUGUCCCAAGCAAGACGCAGAUGGUACAGACAGGUGUCGAAUAUUCACGUGUGCCCGUAGGCUCCAUCUCCUACUAUCACGACUUUGCCGAAAAACUGCCCUUGGUAAGAUCAAACGGACCUACUUACGAUCAACUAUAUGAACUCGUUUCGUCCUCGUUACAUUUUGCUGGCCUUAAUUUCGAUCUCUCUUGUAAUGCUCUCUUUCAUGGCCCUAGAGGUAGCGGUAAGAGCACCUUGGUGAAGGAAGUGGCAGAAUCCAUUGGCGUCCAUGUGUAUGAAUUCUCUAUUUAUGAUAUCCUCUCUGAUACCGACGCUAAAACUGAAGCUUAUCUACGAGCCAAAUUUGAAAAGGCUGCUGCUGUUGCGCCUUGUGUUAUGCUCAUACGGCAUAUGGAGGGUCUCGCAAAGAAAAGCGCUGUUGUUGAAUCUGGACAAGAACCUUUGCUAGCUACGGUUUUAGAAGAUUGUAUAAAGAAUGCUGGCUCAGCGCAUGCAGCAACGGGAUACCCUGUCAUGGUUAUUGCCACCACAGGAGAUAUAGAUACCUUACCUUCUAGCGUUUUGUCUUGUUUCAAGCAUGAGAUUUCCAUUCACGCACCUGAUGAAAAGGCUCGUUUACAGAUACUCAAGAACUUGUUAUACCAUAGUCCGCUGGCUCCUGAUGUUUCUUUAUCUAAUUUGGCAACACAAACAGCUGCCUUACUAGCCAAAGAUUUAGUAGAUUUAGUAGCCAGGGCGGGUGUACUUGCCUUGCAGAGAAUAGAUCGUGGCAUUCAUCGUAAAACGAACGAAUCUGAAGAAGGGUCGACAGAGGGACCAGAUAUGUCUAUGGUAACCGCCUCAGACAUCCGUGCAGCUGGCGUCACCUUGACUGCUGCUGAUUUUGAUGGUGCCUUGGGUGAAGCACGAGCUAGUUAUUCCGACUCUAUUGGAGCACCCAAGAUUCCCAAUGUCACCUGGGACGAUGUUGGCGGUUUAGCUCAUGUCAAGGAUGACAUUCUCGAUACAAUUCAGCUUCCAUUAGAGCAUCCUGAGUUAUUUGGCUCUGGUCUCAAAAAACGAAGUGGUAUCCUUUUAUAUGGUCCCCCUGGUACAGGAAAGACAUUGCUUGCCAAGGCAAUCGCUACAUCCUGCUCUCUCAACUUCUUUUCUGUCAAAGGCCCUGAGCUUUUGAACAUGUAUAUUGGUGAAUCUGAAGCGAACGUUCGACGUGUGUUCCAACGAGCUCGUGAUGCUAAGCCAUGUGUUAUCUUUUUUGAUGAAUUGGACUCUGUUGCACCUAAGCGUGGUGAAAAGGGUGAUUCUGGUGGUGUCAUGGAUCGUAUUGUCAGUCAACUGCUUGCUGAAUUAGACGGUAUGAGCGAAGGAGGAGAAGAGGCCGGUGUGGGCGAUGUCUUUGUUAUUGGAGCGACCAACAGACCAGACCUUUUGGAUCCUGCAUUGUUACGUCCGGGAAGAUUCGACAAGCUACUCUAUUUGGGUGUAAGCCAGGACCAUGAAUCACAGCUAAAGAUUAUUGAAGCUCUCACGAGAAAAUUCCGUCUUCAUCCAGAUCUGGACCUUCGUAAAGUUGCAGAGCGAUGUCCAUUCCAUUACACAGGCGCCGAUUUCUACGCUCUCUGUUCUGAUGCCAUGUUGAAGGCUAUGACACGUGUAGCCGAAACAAUUGAUGCUAAGGUAAACAAAUUGAACGAAGAAAAGCGACCUGAUCUUCCCGAUCCUGUUACGACACAGUAUUAUCUGUCACAUUUGGUUACACCUGAAGAAACUACGGUUCAAGUACAAGAGGUUGACUUUAUUAAGGCUCUAGAAGAACUUGUUCCUAGUGUUUCUGCUACUGAACUUGAACAUUAUUCUAAAGUUAGAGAAAAGUUUGAAAAAGAUAAUUAAAAGUGUACGCCCUCCCUUAAUGUUGUGUAAAUAUUCAGGCGUAGCUAUAUAAACUUUGUAUUUUUAUUUUCAAUAUAAAAAGGAAUAAAAAGACAAUAGAUCAAG